AUGCUUCCUCUCUCUUCGCCGUCACGGCAACGUACCCUCGCGACAGCGGCGGCGGUGGCCACGGUGGCGAUAUCGCUGCUGCCCCGGGGUCACGCCCAUGAGCACCACCACGAUGGCCCGGCGGACAACUCGGUCCCCGUCGACAGUAUCCUCUGGAUCCACAUCGCCGUCCAGAGCUUCACCUGGUUCCUCCUCUUCCCGCUCGUCAUGGUGCUGGGCCUCAUCCGCCACCGGCUACAUGUCCCGCUUGCGGCCGCCUCGAUGGCCCUCACCGUGGCCGGCUACUUUCUUGGCCACGCGCACGGCGGCAGGUCGUUUCCGCACACGGCGCACGGUUCGAUGGCAUCGUUCCUCGUCUUCUACCUGUCCGCCCAGACCUUCCUCGGCGUAUACCUGAAGCUGCACCUGCAGUGGCGGCCGGAAAAGUGGAUCCGACCCACGCUCGUCUUCAUCCACGGCUUCCUUGGCAAGUCCUUCCCCGUCGUCGGCUGGGUUCAGAUGGUGUUUGGCAUCACCACGCUCCAGUCGUGGUGCUUUGGCGGCCACCUGGGCCAGUGUCUGGCGCACUACAUCAUGGGAUCGGCCUUCCAGGCGUACGCGGCGAUCCUGCUCAUCAUGAUGAAGGUCGGCGGCGCGUGGCUCGAGCGCCGCGGCCAGUCGCAAGAGUGGUUCGACAGCUGGGUCAUUAUGCUCUGGGGCAUCGUCAACACCUUCACCGAGCACCACGGCGGGCCCUGGACUCACAAGGACCUGCAGCACACGCUGAUGGGCGUGCUGUGGUGGGCCGGCGGCGCAGUGGGCAUCUGGCUGAGCAGGGGCGGCCGGAGGAACGUGUUUCCUGCCAUCAUCAUCCUGCUCACCGGCUGGGCGAUGAGCGCACACGAGCAGGCGCUGAUGAUCUCCACCAAGGUCCAUUCGCUCUUCGGCUACUCGCUCAUGGCGGCGGGCAUCACGCGCAUGAUUGAGGUCUGCUUCGUCCUCAAGGACCGACCCACUGGUACCACCGACGGCGCAGAAACAGACGCCGCGCCCUCACAUGGCUGGUAUCCGAUCCGCGCCUUCCAGUACCUGCCUCCUUACCUGCUGGUGGCGUCGGGCGUCCUCUUCAUGUCGGCGACCGACGAGGAGCUGCGGUGGGCUCACGGCAAGGGCGUCGACCAUGCCACGUGGGGGCUCAUCGACUUUAGCGUGUCGAUGAUCAUCUUCCUGUGGAUGAACGUGCUGCUCGACCUCUUCAUCUCGUACGGCGGCAUGUAUGGGGCAGCGAAGGCCAAUCGGUCGAGCGCGCGGAGCGGGGACCGCGAGGGCAGCGCGGCGAGCAGGUCGCAGUACGCCCGCCUGAGCUUGGGCCAGAGCCGGUUGCAGGCCGAUGGUCCCAUUGGCGGCAGCAGGCGUGAUCCGGCGACGCCCGAGGCGCACCAGAUGAACGGCUUGCCAUCGCUCAAGAAGCGCGGCAGCCCGCACCUCGACGGCGACGACGACGACGACGAACCCCGCCACGUCCUGUUCGACCAGGAGGACGACGAUCCCUUCGAGGAAAAGGACGACGGUGACGACGAUGCGGACGAGGAGAGCGGUCUUGACGGCCGGCGGCCGCGGAUCCGGCUCUGA